UGUUAUUCCACAAUACUCCACUCCAUUUCAACUGUAUUUUUUGUUCUUUUGUGAGUGUGUGUGUGUGUGUGUAGUUGAGAGAGAGAAGGGGGACAGGGAGAGAGAGAGAGAGAGAGAGAGAGACAAGGGAGACAAAUAGAGAGAGAGAAGAGGGAUAGAGAGGGAGAGAGAAAGAGAGCUGAAAUGAGAAACAGGCUGGAACAGGUCAGAACAUGUCUUGGAAGGAAGGUUUGUAAAAUGUAUUUCUUCAGAGUGAACCAGCUACAAACUUCCAGUACUGCUUUUCGUUAGACAAAGGAAUACGUCUGCUAUGAAUUCGCCCCAGCUGAAUCUCACAUCACUCUAGCUGUGAUCACAAUUGUCAACAGUUUUUCAGGUGAAACACUAGAAAAGAAGGAAGAUGAGGAAAUCAAAAAGAUCAACUUCUCAAUUACCAAUCUCCAAAAGUUCCAAUAUGGAUCCAACAGCAGUCAAGAUACCAAGAAAAUCUCCAGUUUCAAAUAUUACUCGCUCAGUUGAAGAUAUUCCUCGACGAGUCCAGCUAAGUGUCUCUGGUAGUAUGGACUUUUCCUCCAGUAGAACCAUGUCUCCAGCCCUAAGCCAAGGGUCCACUGCUGGAGUUCGCUACUUAACAGAAGAGCUCAUCAAAAAAGUCAGCAAACAGGACAACCUAACAUUAAUCACAACACUCAACCUCACAUUGUCCAAAGACAGUGGUAAAAAAAUUAAAUACAUCGAAAACUUAGAUUCCCUAAAAAAUCUUCAAACCAUGAAUCUCAGUGGAAAUCUCAUUGAAAAAAUAGAAAAAUUGGACAAGCUGAGCCAUUUGUUGGAGAUCAACCUUUCGUUUAAUUUCAUCCAAAAGAUAGAAGGAUUAGACUCUCUCUGCCGACUGCAGGUCCUCAACUUAACUGGUAAUCAGAUUGAACACAUCCCACAAUCACUAGGCAAAAAGCUAAAAACUCUGCGAGUUUUCAAGAUUGCAAAGAACAAUCUCGGUUCUCUCAAUGAACUCUCUAGACUAAAACCAUUACCUGAUUUGGCUCAAUUAAGUAUUGCAGACAACCCUUUGGCUGAAUUACCUCACUCUCGUCUUUAUGUCAUCUUCCACAUUCGUACUUUGGAUAUCCUUGAUGGCCAACCAAUCAAUGCCCAGGAUAGACAAAAAGCUAAGGAGAGAUUCUCUAUGGAGGAAAUUAUUAAACUUGAGAAAACCAUUGAACAACAAGAUGGAAAAUACCAAAAACUGGAAGAGGAACACAACAAGUCUAUUGGAGAAUUGAAACGUUUGGAAGUUAAUUUUCAGAAUGAAAGAAAAAAAACAGAAGAAACAUUGGAAGUAAACAAAAAUGUGGAAGAAGAAUUAAAAAUAAAGAAUGAAUUGCUUAAGAAAAAGACCAAGGAGUUGCAUCGAGCUUGUGAGAAGCACUACCAGUUAGAACAAGAACUAGCUUUCUACAAAAUCGAUGCCAAGUUUGCCAGUCUUGGAGAAGAACCACAACCAGACCAAACUCUUGACACUGAUGACAAUGAACCUUUACUAGAGAGCCCUUACAUUGGGAAGGCCCUGUUUACACCUCAACAGUCUAAAAACUCUCUAAAAUCAUCUGGACAGAGAGAAGAAAAACAAUUAUCUUCAGAUGAGAAGAAUAUUGCCAAAAACAUCUUAUUGUUGCAGGAAGAGCAACAGCACCUGCAACAACAACUGCAACAACAACAUCAUCAGAAAACAGAAAUGGAUGAUCUGCUGAUUGAGAAGCAGAAACUGAUAGAUUCUGCUAGUGAUUCUCUUAAACAACUGCAUGAAGAACUUUUUGAUACAGAGUCCAAAGUUGAAAAUGCACAACAAGAACUGCAAAAAAUGACAGACCUAGUCCGACCACAUUCUCCAAAUAAUGAAAUAAAAACAGCAAUUCGACAGAAACUAGCAGAUAAAAUGAAAUCUGUUAAUCUCUCCAGAAACCAAGCAGCAGUUCUAGAGAAAGAAGUAAACAAAGCUGAAAUAUCAAUAAAGAACAAUAUCGCUGAUAUAUCUGAAAUAAAAUGGCAACUUCAAAAUAUUCCACCAAAUGAACCAAUAUAUGUAAGAAAUCUUUUCUUUUUCCAUAAAAGUGUUCAAUGUUGGAUUUUUCUUUGUGAUUAUUUUUUUUUCAAGAUCCAUUUCUCCAUUCAUAAUUUAGAUAUGUAG